UGCCGCCCACCCCCCCUGGUCGGGUCCCAAAGCCAUGGGUAACAACCAUUCGGCGUCCAACAAGGCGGGCGGGCCCGGGUCGCCUCCCCAGCAGCAGCAUCAGCAGCAGCAGCAGCAGUCAGACGCCGCCGCCGCCGCCGACUCUCCUCGCCAGCCUCAGCAUCGCAGGGACGGCUCCCGCAACGUCAUCCCCGUCCACGCUGCCCGCGCCGCCGCCGCCCCGGAACCGUCCUCGCUCCAGGCCCAGGGCUCCAUCGCCGCCUCCGUGCCCAAGCCGAAGAACCUGCCUCCCACGGCCGUCUCCUCCCUCAGCGGCUCGCCGCACAGCAGCAACGUCUCCUCCGUCGCAAACGCCGCCGCCGCCGUCACCGCCGCCGUUGCCGCCGGGAGCGAAAGGCCGUCCGAGCCGCGGCCCAUUGUGCGCGACGAGCCCUCCAAGCCCGUCGCCGUGCCCAUCGACGGCUCUGUGGCGCGCCCUCACAUCCCCGCCGUCCCGCCCUAUCUCGAGUCCCAGUACUUUUCCAACAAUAGCCUGACGGACAUGUACAUGAUGCGCCCGCCUCGCCUGCCGCUUCCCAUUGAGGAGGAGGUGCACACGCCUGGGUCGCCUAUCCUUGGGCCCGACGAGACCUUUGCCGACCUCGACCUGGGCGAGUCGUCGGAUGCCUUGACGAGGAAGAGCUCCGCGCUCAGCGCCGGCACGGCCGAGGACGAGGAGGGCGAAGAAUUGCGCGUCGACAAGACCAGGCCGGUUGUGGCCACCAGGAUUGAGUGGAGGGGCGGUGGUGAAAAGAUCUGGGUGACGGGAACCAUUUUCCACUGGAACCGCAAGCUACGGCUGCGCCCUGUCGAGGGCCAGCCUGGUGUGUUUGCUGCCACGGUUCACGUUCUGCCGGGAACUCAUCACAUCCGCUUCUUGGUCGAUGGGAUUAUGCAGACCUCGCCCGAUCUCCCCACCACGGUCGACUUUGGAAACAAUCUGGUCAACUACAUCGAGGUCAGCCCCGAGGGCGCCUCGGCGGCCAAGGAAGGCGGAGCGGCCAAGGCUGCCGACGCCGAAAAGGACAAGGGCGAGUCCCGCGCCGACGCCCAGUCCAAGGAGGAGCCCAAGGUGGCCAGGGGCAAGCCCGUCUUGCCGGCGGAGGCCUACACCAGCGAGAUCCCGCAGUACCUGCUCGAUUUCGACCAGCCCGAGGAGUCGCCGGCCUACCGCAACGCCGUGUCUGCCAUUGAGAAGCUGACGACGCCGCCGAGCCUGCCCGGGUUCCUGGGCAAGCCGAUCCUCAACGCUGCUACCCUUAUGAAGGACGACAAUAGCGUCCUCAACAUGCCUAACCAUACUGUGCUGAAUCACCUGGCGACCAGCAGUAUCAAGAACAAUGUAUUGGCCGUGUCGGCAACGACUAGAUAUCACAACAAGUAUGUCACUACAAUCAUCUACAAGCCUACCUCUACAGAUGAAGGUUAGAUAAGCAAUCUCGGAACGAGGACGAGACAAGGAACGAUUAUAGUCGUGAAGAGUCAAGGGCAGUUGACAUGUACUAUUCCUUUCUUUUUUUUUACAGUUUUCAGGUGCAUCAUUGGUUUCUGUGUUUCUUUCAUUGCCCCGAUAUAUGGCUAUUUCUCCCAAUGGACGGUGAAAGGCAAGACUGUGGAUUCUUACAUUAGUGGGCUGGUAUGGUGAAGUAAGGGCUGGAUGCGGUAGAGCUUCCAAGGGGUUCGCAAUGAACUGGUCAGAUUAGAUAC